AGGCAACUUAGGAGCGAUUGUUUGAAUAAAUUUACGUGUGUGUUUUUUUAACGUAGUCGUACAAAUAAAAUUUUUCCUUUCAGUAAAGUUGUAACAUUUUUUCGACAGUGUAGGUUUCGUGGCUAAUGUGCAUUUUGUGAUUGUGUUUUGAGGAGUUUCGAAUUCCAUUCCUGUCGAAGCAUAGAGCUAUUUGAAUUUGUAUGUUGACGGAGUGACUCAGAAUGGUUGAAUUAUUCAAGUGAGUGCUGUGGUUUGUUUGUCAAGUGGGUGUGCAAUACGAACCGUUGAUUGUGAGUGGAAAAUUGAUCGGACUAUAAAAUACCUUUUGGGACAAUUAGUUUUCCACUGUUCGUGAUGGCAAGAUAAUCCCUUUGCAUUUACAAUUUCCAAAGAACAUAGUUGUUGUUUUGGUGGUCAUUUGUCUCCGAGUGUCGGAAACCGGGCGGAGUCUUAAAGCAACAAGUGCCAAAAAGUUUGAAACGAUGGGCUGUAAUAUAAGCAGUCCUGCAGGAGACAAGGAAGCUGCCGAAAGAUCGAAGAAAAUUGACAAAGAUUUACGAGCAGAUGGAGAGCGAGCGGCGAAGGAAGUUAAAUUAUUGUUGCUGGGUGCUGGUGAGUCAGGAAAAAGUACAAUCGUGAAGCAGAUGAAAAUUAUCCAUGAGACAGGGUAUUCUAAAGAAGAAUGCGAGCAGUAUCGCAGAGUUGUGUACAGCAACACUAUUCAGAGUCUGAUGGCAAUUAUACGCGCAAUGGGACAGUUGCGCAUAGAUUUUGCUGAACCAGGAAGAGCAGAUAAUGCUCGUCAGUUUUUUACUUUGGCCAGUGCAGCCGAGGAAGGCGAACUGACACCAGACUUGGUAAUAUUGAUGAAAAGGCUGUGGCAGGAUGCUGGUGUGCAACAGUGUUUUGCUCGAUCAAGAGAGUAUCAGCUAAAUGAUUCUGCUGCAUAUUACCUAAAUGCUUUGGAUAGAAUAUCACUGCCCAAUUAUGUUCCCACGCAGCAAGAUGUUCUCCGCACAAGGGUGAAAACUACUGGAAUUGUAGAGACUCAUUUCACUUUUAAAGGACUUCAUUUCAAGAUGUUUGAUGUUGGUGGUCAGAGAUCUGAAAGGAAAAAAUGGAUUCAUUGCUUUGAGGGUGUCACAGCCAUAAUAUUUUGUGUUGCAUUGUCAGGUUACGAUCUUGUGCUUGCCGAAGAUGAAGAAAUGAAUAGAAUGAUAGAAUCAAUGAAGUUAUUUGACUCAAUCUGUAAUAGCAAAUGGUUCGUCGAAACUUCGAUAAUUCUUUUUCUUAAUAAAAAGGAUUUGUUUGAAGAAAAGAUUGUCAAAAGUCCACUAACCAUAUGUUUCCCAGAGUACACAGGUUCUAAUACAUAUGAAGAAGCAGCAGCAUACAUUCAGAUGAAAUUUGAAAAUCUGAAUAAAAGGAAAGACCAGAAAGAGAUCUAUACACAUUUUACUUGCGCUACUGAUACAAAUAAUAUACAAUUUGUUUUUGAUGCUGUUACUGAUGUCAUCAUUAAAAACAAUCUCAAGGAUUGUGGUUUGUUCUAGCUCAUCUUUUUUGAUAAGGUAGGAACAUCAUUGCCCAACCUCUGCCGGAUACUUUGCACAAUUUUCUUCACAUGCUUAAUAUGAGGUUACAUAUACAAUCAGAACAUCCAAGACAUGAUGAUGUAACAGUUAAGUUCUAUCUGCUUACAAAUUUGUGUGUAUACACUGUUAAGUUUCGUCAAAGCAGCUGCAUAAUAGUUUGUAAGUGACAGAAAUGACAUUGCUGAUUCAUUUGUUGGAAAAAGAAUCAGUAUUGUCAGUGCAUUUAUUUACAUGUAACAUUCUAGUGAGUUACUUGAAGUUAGUUAGAUGGGUUGUACUGAAAUGUUCACCCAAAAGAUGAGAUGUAUUGACAGAGUGUAUUUUCAUAAACUUUAUUUUUUGCCUUGAAGGUGAAUUUAUGACAUGAUUGUAUAACUGUGAAGUAUUUUCUGCAUUUAUUUUACUGUGAGAAAUACGCUUUUAUCAUACAUAGGUGUCAAAAAUGUAUACUUGGGUGUUUUAUGAAGAAACCAGCUGUGAUAGCUGCAUAUGAUGUCUGAGAGCUGUUUUGCUCUGAAUCUCAUGUAUAAUGUAGCUUUUUCCAGAAAUAUUUUCAUGUAUCUCAAAAAUGUAGUCAGUUUUGGAAUGACUUUCACAUAUAUGUUGUUAAUGUACAUUGACAGAAACUCUGUUUUGCAAAAUUUGUCAGACAUAUCAAUUUGCUCUGUGUGUGUGUGUGUGUGUGUGUGUGUGUGUGUGUGUGUGUGUGUGUGUGUGUGUUUUUGUUUGUAUUUUGGCACCAUUUUGUAUAAACUUAAGAGGUCAGAUAUGAGAAAGAAACAAAGAUCUUAUUGCUGUUGGACUGUGUAUUUAGUUUUAUUCUGCACUUCUUAAAUGCACAUUACAUGUUUAUUUUUUGGUAAAUGUGUAGAUUGAUAUUGGUUAUUUUUUAAAAGAUUUAGGUUUGUAAUAUUUGUUACGGUAUGAAAUUUUAAUGAUGGAGGUUUUAUGUGCUCAGAGUAUGUUGUAGGCAAAGCUCUGUAAGAACAGUGGAAUCUUUGACGGAUAUAGGCACUUAUUAUCCAGAUCUGGUAACAAAUACAAUAUUAAAAUCUGAUGUGUUAUGAGUAGCUAUGGUUGUUCAUUUUUCAAGAGGAAUGGUAUUAGUAAAGGUUAUGGAAACUAGACAUUUGUGAAAUAAGUGAAUGCAUGGUGCUUACAAACACAGAUGAUGACUGUUGGUUGAGUCCAAUUGCCCAUGAUAAUUGCAUUUUUUUUUUGUUUUGAGAGUUUUUUGUUUACAUGACUGCGUCUCAGGCUAUAACAAUUUUUAUACUAAUAUUUUUAACUUAAGAUCUUUCUCCCAUAUAACUUAUUUUCUUACUCUAGGCUUAAUGACUUGCCUUUGUUACCUGUUAUUUUCUAUAAACAAAUUGGGCAUAUUUUUAAAAUGAGUAGUAUUUGCUAAAUUUUUUACUCAAAUAUUUUUUAAAUUAACCUUGAAUUUAAAAUUGGCUACUGCCAGUACUUCCAUGAAAAAUGUUUAUAACAACAUUGUGUGUAAUUUGCUUUUGAGCUGUGAUGCAGCUGUUCAGAAAUUUCAUAUUUCCCCAGAUCCUCUUAAAUUAGGAAAGCGCAAUGCUAAGGUUAGGCCUUUUUUGAAAUUACGGUCCAGGUUUUUAUUUCAGAUUUUUUUAUUUGCAAAUACAAAACUCUUCCAGUAAAAGGUUUCAUAAUCAUUGGGCCUUAGCUUUUUAUAGCAUUGUAAAGUACUCUUUUGUAUAAUGUGUACAUACAGAACAAUCGUGAAUCUGUCUUUAUGGCAUAUCACACUUCGUGUUAUGCGUCAUAAAUUACAGAGGUGUAUGGUGCAUUUUGAUCUUAUGUAAACUGCAUACAAAUCCUCGUAGUCUUUUGUAUUUGGCUGAUAAAGAAUUGUAAGGAGCAAAAGUUGUACCGAUAUAAAACUACAGAAUUUCUGUAAUAAAGUAUUAUUUAUGUAGA